UGUCGUCUCUUACUGUAAAAGAUUACAGUCUGACUACAUCACUUACUGUGAAGGAUUACGGUCUGACAACAUCACUUCCUAUGAAGGACUACAAUUUGACUUCAUCACUUCCUGUGAAGGACCACACUCUGAUGUCAUCCGUUCCUGUGAAGGACUACUCUAGGACCUCACUUCCUGUGAAGGACUACACUUUGACCUCAUCACUUCCUGUGAAGGACUACACUCAGGAUUACACCUCAUUAAUUCAUGCGAAGGACUACAGUCCAACCGCAUCACUUCCUGUGAAGGAGCUUGAUGAGCAUCAGAGAACCAUGCUGGAGGAAGCAGAUUGGGGCGGUGCCAUGGCAACCCCCUGGGAGCUCCAACGCUCUGACAGCCUAGAGAACUACCUGGACAGGUGUGAGCGGCGGGGGGCGGAGCCUGGCCUGGAUGGCUAUCUGGACAGGUGUGAGCGGCGGGGGGUGGAGCCUGGCCCGGAUGGCUACCUGGAUAGGUGUGAGCUGCGGGGGGCGGAGCCUGGCCUGGAUGGCUAUCUGGACAGGUGUGAAGGGCGGGGGGCGGAGCCUGGGCUGCCGGUGGGAGGGCUGUGGAGGGCUUACAGCUGUGAGAGCGUGUGCUCGCAGGGAGGUGCUCUGUCCAUCGACGAGAGGGUGGAAGCCAAUCAGAGGGCCCGAGGAAGACGAGGGCGGCCCGAGCGGGAGGAGGGGCUCUGCGUUGACAACCCGUAUCGCUAUGGAAACGAGGUCAGCAGGAGGGAGGAUAGAGAAGGCUGCCUGGACAGUGACUCCAACAGGUUGGUUCCUGUGUCCUACCCCAGGUCUCUGUUCCAAUCAGAAGAGCUUCCUCUGAGCCCCAGACAUGAGCAGGCUAAGCUGUUGCUGGAGCGCGCUCGCCUCAAGGCCCGGUCCAAUCACGUCAAAGGAGAGAGACCGACUCGCCGCUCGCAGUCCGACCAGAGAUACAACCACCUCAGGAGGCAGCACCAGCACCCUCCCCCCAACAGCCCUGCUCCUCCCCAGAACCCUGCAGAGCUCAAAACCACAGAGGAAGUCCCUGCUCCAGCUCCACCCCAACCCGGCCCACUCCUCGUUCCCCAGGAGACAGACUCCUCCACCGGCGACCGGCGCUUGCGUCACCAAGGUUACUCACCCACACGGGUGCGGUUCGAGGACGAAUCAGAGAGGGAGGCGGAGUCUCGCUACCUAGACAGGGUGAGGGAGCGUGGGCGGAGCCACAAGCUCAAGGCGGGGAAAAAAGAGAAGAGGGUGGACCCUGUCAUCGCCGUGGCCCCGCCCAGACCGGAUGAGGCAGGGCCAGCGAGCUUGGAGACUGCAUUGGGACGGGAAGUGACAUUGAGGAAGUGUGAGGCAUGUGGGUCAAUCCUGAGAGACCCUCCUCCAAUGGCGGGCAAACCCCAGGCUGCUCCCACCCCCUCGCUGCCCAACGACAACCAAUCAGAGAAGCCGACCUCUCGAUGGGCGCCACCUCCCAGCCAAUCGGAACUGAGCGUCCAGGGAGCAAAAGUCAAAGUGCCGGUGGUGACGUUUGCGGGUGCUUUCAUCCUGGGGGAGGACGCCUGCGGGGGGGGCCGGGGAGGCGGGGGCAGCUGGGGGAAGAGGUCAGGGUUUGGGAAGCUGCGUCGACGCAGCCGUAAGGGAGAGAGCCGUCUGGAGUCCGGUAACGGGCCGUACGGGCCCUCCUGGGCCCAGAGACGCAACUCCCUCCCACGGCCCCGGGGCCACGCCCCCAUAGAGAGCCCCGCCCCCGCAGAGCGCCCUCCGGUGGGUAACAGCAGGGAGAGCCCCACCCCUCCACUGCCUAUCAAGUCUGCUCUGAAGUCCUCCUGCAGGCCCCGGCCCUCUACCGGCCCCUCCGUCCAGUUCAGGCUGAGCCAGGCCGGGGAACCCAGGGGCCCGGUGGGGCUGGGGGCCCUGGAAACGGGGGUUGAGGGGGGACUGGCCCCCUCCCAGGCUGCGGGGCCCCCCGCCCUGGUGCCCUGCAUACGGCCCUCCUCUCUCCGGUACUCCUCUGCCAGGAUCACCCCCGACCUUCCGCCAGCCGAACUCUGGGACACGCCCUCGGAUGGAGGUGUGGUGCUGGCCGGUGACUCCGCCCCCCCCAUUCCAGAGUUCCGCCCCCGGGGAUUGGGCGUGUCCAGGACGGACGACUUGAGGGCGGAACUUCUGCGGUCGGAGCACCUGAAGGCAGAGGGCCAAUGGGAGGAUGGCCCUGAAGGAGCUCGCAGCAGGGGUCCAGGGAAGCUGUCCUUGCGCCGGUUCUUCUCCUCCCUGGGUCUGAACAGCGUUGGCAGGCUGGUGAAGGGGGGUCGCUCCAGCAGCAUGGAGCAGCUCAGCGUCCCGUCCCCCCGCACCAGCUCCCCCAGCCCCACCCGCAGGCCUCACUCCCCCACACGCUUGCAGAGGACCCCUUCCCUGCAAGCCCUCAACACCGUGUCCCCGCUGGCCCAGCUGCGCAAGGCGUCGUCGGUGCAGAGUCUGGAGAGGAGAGCCGAGCGCUCCACCAUCUUGGGAGAGCUGCACGUGCCCUACGGACUGGCUCCCAGGGAGCUCCAGAGGGCCCUGAGUGUGGAAGAGGUUCUGGCCCCGGGGGUGGGCCUGCGCCCCGUGGGGGGGCCUCUGCGCCCCGUGCUGUCCCAGCCCCUCCAGGACGGCACCCUGCUGUUGGAGAUCUCCCGGCCACCCAACGGACCCUUUGGCUUCCUCAUCUCGAGGGGCAAAGGUCGCCCCGACACAGGUGUGUACAUAGAGCAGGUGGGUGGCGGCCCAGGGGAGGGGCAGUACAUGGGGCUGCUGGGGGUAGGGGAUGAGAUCCUAGAGGUAAACGGGGAGGCUGUGGGCGGGCUGACCCUGGACCAGGUGACCCGGCUCAUGACCCGAGACAGCACUGCCUCCCUGCGCAUCCUGCCCUGCCGCCGCAGCCCCCGCUGAGGAACCUGGGGGACUGGGGAACCUGUAGGACUGGGGAACCUGCAGGAUUGGGGAACCUGGAGGACUGGGGAACCUGGGAGAACCCGAGGAGAACUGGAGGAACUACAUUUUUGAAAAUAAAGAGAACACAAAAUAACCUGGCAGGAACCAUCUCUGAGAGGGAACCUACAGACACCAGCUUUGAGAACCUGCAGGAACCUAGGCUAUACUGAGACCUGAGACAUACAAGAACACAGGAACGUACAAGAACCGGAAUAGUUAAACAUGUAUUCAUCCAUUCCACUAACAGUGACUGUAAUCUUCACACAUUCUCUAUAAACACCACAUCUCUACAGAAACAUAUCUCUACAGAAACACCUUAUCUACACCCUCUCAGAAACACCUCAUCUCUACAGAAACACCUCAUCUCUACAAACACCAGAGAAGGUGAUUCAGCUCAGGGUCUAGUAAAACUCUGUCUUGUAAAUUGAGGACCGCCACUGUUGGGAAAACCUUUUUUAUUUGGAAAAAGCGCUAAACCUUUUUUAUUUGGAAAACUGCUAAAAAAGCAUAAACUGAAACAUCCUGGAUAAUGACAGGACCCAGGACACAGCAGUGUCCAGGCACAUGCUCUCAGUAAAGCACUCCUUAUGUUAAUUCAGCAAAUGACAUAAUAUCAUUAUAGUAUUACAAUUCAGAUAAAAUCGUUUUAACAUCUAAAUCAAAGUUUAUGCAAAAAUAAUUGAAGAAUUUUCUAUUGAAUUACUGUUGACUGGUUGUAAUGUUGUAGAGAAGCUAUGUUUGCUGAAACCUGAAUGUGUUAUUAUUUUUGUCUAACAAUAAAUAG